AUGGAGCUCGGGGCGGCGGAGGCGGUUGAGCCCGGGGAGUUGCUGCAGGCCCUGCUCGAGGGCGCCGGGGGCCGCGGCCGGGUGCUGUUGGUGGCCGAGCUGUGGGAAAGGGAGCAGAGCCGCAACCUGAUGAGAGGCUUCGCCCGCCACGUCUUCCCAGAGCCCGAGGAGGAGGAGGACGACGACGACGAGGAAGCAGAGAAGGAGGAGGAAGAAGCGGAGGAGGAGGAGGAGGAGGUUGGCAGCAAGCCCGGAGGUCCGCAGGAGUUGGCGGCUCAAGAGGCCAGCGGUAAUCCCGGAGGCCCACAGGAGGUGGUGGCUGAAGAGUCUAACGGCAAUCCCGGAGGCCCGCAGGAGUUGGCGGUUGAAGAGGCCAGUGGUAAUCCCAGAGGCUCGCAGGAGUUGGAGGCUGAAGAGGUCAGCGGCAAGCCUGGAGGUCCGCAGAAGGUGGUGGAGACGCGGUCUUCCGGCCGCGGGCCCCCGGAGCGGGCGAUCCGCUCCCCACUCGUGUUCGUGCUGUGCCGAGAAGCUUCCCUGCGGGCCUCGGAGCCGCGACUGCGCCUGCGGGAGAUCCUGCGGGAUGUGCGCGCUCGUAGGCGGCAGAGGCCUAGGUGGCGGCCCAGGUGGCGGCCCCAGCCUUGGGGGCCCGCUGGGGACUGCGGCGGAGGCAGUGGCGCAGCGCUGGUCGGAGUGUUGGUGGAAGAGCCUGGCGGGGGCCGCGGCGAGAUCCAAAGCACGGAGGAGGGAAGUGAGGCGGAGGCCAUGCACCUGCUGGAGGCGUUGCUGCGUUCGGUGUUCGGCCGUGAUGCGGGCGGCCCAGUGCAGGCGGCCUCCUACUGCCCCGCGCGUCCGGCCAGCGCCGCGGACGUGCAGAGCGCAGCCUGCAGGGCUCUGCGGGCCGCCGCGGGUCAGCGGUCGCCAGCAGAGAGGAUGAGAGAGAGAAUGGGAUUCCAAAGGCUCCUAAGAUGCCUUCCUUGGUCGUCUUGGAGCAGGAGGAAGGAUCAGGCCGAUAGUGCCACCAGCAACCCGGCUGAAGAUGGUUUCCAGGACCCCUCGGAGGAGCUGGCACUGACAGUUCUGUCUCCCAAUGGACACUGUGAGGACAUCGAGGGAAGAACAGGGGCCUAG